AAUUUAGUAUUAUAUACGAAACCUGACGGUUAAAUAAGAUUUCAGAACAAGCACUAAAAAUUACAUACAAGAAAAUGCGACAAUUUGUGACAAAAAUUGCAUUACUUCUGGCAUUGAUUGCUUGUGCGUACACUGCACCGGCACCAGCUCCAGUUAAGGCUGAAGGCAGAUCUUUCGGCUUACUUGGCGGCGGUUUAGGCAUUUCUGCUGGCUUCGGACUUGGUGCUGGCUAUGGCUUAGGCUACGGUGGUGGCGGUUACGGUAGUGGCGGUUACGGUGGUGGCUAUGGAGGCGGUUAUGGUGGUGGUUAUGGAGGCGGUUAUGGUGGCGGUUAUGGCAGCGGUUAUGGCGGCGGUUAUGGUGGUGGUUAUCCCGGAUUAUAUCCUGGUGGUUAUGGCGGUGGUUUCUAUCCUGGUGGCUAUGGAGGAUAUGGUAAUCAAUACGGUGGUCAUUACAGUCAGUCAUCACAUCAAAGUGGUCAUUAUGGUGGUUUUAAUUCUGGAUAUGGACCUGGUUUCUUUGGUUAAAAUGAACUGAAUUGUAUUAUUUGUGUGUUAGAGUACGAAUUUUUUUUAUAAGCUUAUUUUGUGUGUGAUUUGUAAAAGUGUGAAAUAAAAUUUUUUAAUAUAAA